ACUUGGAAAAGGCAUUCGAUCGUGUCCCUCCCGGUGUCCUGUGGGGGGAAUACGGGAAUACGGGAUUGGUGGCGCGCUACUACGUGCCAUUCGGUCCUUGUACGACUGGAGCAGGAGCCUGGUUCGCAUUGCCAGUAGUAAGUCUGCGAGCCUGUUUCCGGUGAACAGUGGCCUCCGCCAAGGCUGCCUUUUCUCAUCGAUUCUGUUCAUCAUGGACAGAAUUUCUAGGUUCAGCCAAGGCGUCGAGGAAUUCCAGUUUGGGAGCCGUAGGAUCUCGUUUCUGCUAUUUGCAGACGAUGUGGUCCUGAUGGCCGCAUGGGGCUGUGACCUUCAGCGUUUACUGGGGUGGUUUGCGUGUGAAGCUUCCAGGAUGAGACUCAGCACCGCCAAAUCUGGAAAAGGGUGGAUUUCUCCCUGUGGGUUGGGAAUGAGGUCCUGUCCUCUAUCUUGGGGUCUUGAUCACGAGUGAGGGGAGGUUGGAGCUUGAGGUUGAUAGGCGGAUCGGCGCAGCAUCUGCAGUAUUGCGGUCGCUGUACCGGACUGUUGUGGUGAAGAGAGAGCUGAGCCAGAAGGCAAAGCUCUCAAUUUACCGGUCGAUCUAUGUUCCCACCCUCACCUAUGGUCAUGAGCUUUGGGUCAUGACUGAAAGUGCGAGAUCGCGGAUACAAGCGGCUGAAAUUAGUUUCCUCCGGAGGGUGGCUGGACUCACCCUAAGAGAUAGGAUGAGGAGCUCAGUCAUCCGGGAGGAGCUCAGAGUAGAGCCGCUGCUCCUUCACAUCGAGAGGAGCCAGUUGAGGUGGCUCGGGCAUCUAGUCCGGAUGACUCCCAGACGCCUCCCUGGUGAGGUGUUCCAGCCAUGCCCAGCCGGGAGAAGGCCUCCAGGCAGAACUAAGACAUGUUGGCGGGAUUAUGUCUCACAGCUGGCCUUGGAAUGCCUUGGUGUCCUCCCGGUGGAGCUGGAGGAGGUGGCCGGGGUCCGGGAAGUCUGUGCUUCCCUACUGAGACUUCUGCUCCUGCGACCCGAACCUGGAUAAGCGGAGGAAAAUGGAUGGAUGUAUAGCUGAUCUCUCGAAUCCUCAAUUAUUUACUUCCUUUUGUGAAUACAAUGUUCUGUGGCCGUCUGACGAACGAGGUGAUGGCCGGCUAUGGAUUAGCGUCUGCUACUAUCAGUGUCACCACUGCAGCAACAGGACUGGGUUUGGGCUUCGCUUGUGAUACCCUGGUGGCUCAGACCUUUGGCGGUAAGAAUCUACUACGUGUGGGUGUGAUCCUUCAGCGAGGCAUCAUCAUCUUGCUGUUGUUCUGUCUGCCCUGCUGGGGUCUACUCCUCAAUGCCCAGGCCAUCCUGCUGCUCCUAGGCCAGGACCCUGAGGUGACCCGAAUCGCUCAGCUAUAUAUUACGGCAUACUUUCCAGCAAUACCUGCAAUGUUUCUACAUCACCUGCAGAUGUCCUACCUUCAGAACCAGGGUAUAAUACUGCCACAGGUGUAUACUGCUGCCAUGGCAAACAUUGCCAAUGUGGUGACAAACUACGUCUUUAUUCACUUGCUCAAUCUCGGGGUUGGUGGCUCUGCAGCAGCCAACACCCUGUCUGAGAUCUACAUCUGUGUCUUUCUCUUUGCUUACAUCUGGUGGAAAAAGCUGCAUAAAACAACAUGGGGAGGUUGGUCUGUGGACUCACUGCAGGAAUGGGGCGCCUUCAUGAAACUGGCCGUUCCUAGUACACUCAUGACCUGUUUCGAAUGGUGGAUUUAUGAGUUUGGGGAAUUCUUUGCAGGGAUGAUGGGUAAAGAUGAGCUGGCAGCCCAGCAUUCGUUGGCAUCCAUAGCAAACCUGAUCUACAUGAUCCCGGUUGGCAUCCAGGCUGCAACCUGCGCUCGUGUGGGCAACGCGUUGGGUGCAGGAAACACAGCAAGGGCGCUCCUCACCUGUAAGGUGUCGCUCUCGCUCACAGCUGCCUUUGCUGUUGUUGAAGGCGUCGCGCUCGGCUCUGCCAAAUCUGUGAUUGGCUUCAUCUUCACUUCUGACUCGAAGAUCAUCAGUAGGGUUUGUGACCUAAUGAAUGUUUACUGCUUCCAUCUGUUCUUUGAUGCGCUUGUGGGUGUGUGCCUUGGCAUCUUUAUGGGCACUGGGAAGCAGAAGAUUGCGGCUGUGGCUAAUUUGAUUGGCUUCUACUGCAUUGGCUUAACACUCAGUGUUACAUUCAUGUUUGUUGCCAAACUGAAUAUUUUAGGUUUCUGGUUGGGUCUCCUCAUUUGUGUCAUUUUGCAAUCCAUCUUCUACAUCACUGUCAUAUUUCGAAUGAACUGGAAGAAAAUCACAGAGGAGGCACUGAAACAAGCCCAGGUAAAGGCAAACGUGGCGUUAGUAAAUACAGUUAACCAGAGUGAUGAAGAGGCAGAACACCAAGGCAAUUCAGUGGACGGCUACCUGCAUGUGAGCACCGAGUGCCCCGAUGGGAGCACAAAAAGACAAUAUAUCGUCAAGGACAGCGCCGAGCUUCUCCCCAUGACCCAGCUGAUAAUCCGCAGAGGCAUCACCAUGUUGACUGCAGUGGGCCUCCUGUCUGUGGGAGCUUGUGUGCACUUGUUGGUGCCUUUGCCAGAGAGCCCGCUCUUGAAGGCCAACUUCACAAUGGAGCUGCUCAAUACCACAAACAGCCCUCUGCAAACGUCUGUUACUCUGCUUGACUCCUGAGGAAAGGCGGACCUUCAUCAGUACAUAUUUGCUCUGAGUGUUUUAUUAUUAAUCAGACUGAGUGCAGAAGUGGAUCACACACUAUUCCUCCGCUUCCCGUGUAGUUCGACACAUCAACGAUGUCAUGUAAUGUGCAGCUAAAGUCAACUGAAGUGCAUUUUUACUUGUUUAGUGUUCUUGUUUGAUUGCAAUUUCCUGUCUCCUUUAAAGGAGUGUAAAUGGGUUUCACUUUUGUAGAAUAAACGAAGUAUGUUUGUGCCAUCCAUGUGACUUCCAUGUCUCGUUUCUCAUAAACUUCAAGCAUCUACGUUUUGCGUGAGUUUUGUGUGCCUAUGCCUUUUGGUCACCCAUGUCC